UAUAUUUGUAGACAUAAGCACAUAAGCUCUAAUCCAAAUCACUUCUGAAUACUAUUUUAAUAAGUUAUCGGAUGAUCUUUGAACAUCCGAACAUUUAUUUCCGAUUGUAUAUAAACUCAGACGUCGAUCCACUUUAAUUAGUCUCGUUGUGACAGUUGGGUAAGCAGUUACAGUUUUUCAACAUGGGUUUUAAGCCUCUUCUUCUUCUUUGCGUCGUCCUUUUUGCGUCCGCCUCUGCCCGCUCGGUACGCGAUGUUUCCACUGGUGAAGAAGCUCCAUCGGCUUUGAAUUUAUUUGAAAUCAUAAACGAGAACUUUAAAAAAAUUGGUGAUACAGUUUCGAAAUCAAUCAACCCUCAACAAUUUGAGGAGACAGGGCGUGAUUUAGCUAAACAAUUAGACCAAUGGAGUGCUAAUAUCAAAAAAGAGACAGAGAGCUGGAAAGACAAUCCAGCUAUUAAAAGUUUCGUCAAGACUGUGGAUAAUGCCGUGGAAGAAAUAAAGAAAUCAACUGACGUAAAAGGCAUUGUUGAUGCAAUAAGUGUUGAAAAAGAAAAGUUGGGUCCUAAGCUCAAGGAACUUAAGGAAACUACAGAACCUCAACUUAAAGAUCUUUCACAAAAGAUUUUGGAACAAACCUCUUCAACCGUUCAGGAUAUUGCCAAGCUUUUUCAACAAGAAGUAAAGCAAUAAAUUGUACAACAGACUGCAUGAAGUAUAGGACAAUAUAAUUUAAAAGUUCUCAGCGAAUCGUUGUUAAUAAAUCUCGCUUUUUUCCUAUCAACUUUGUUGUAAAAGUGUAUCGGAGAGCAAAUUAACAAAAUAUAUACUGAACAAACAUUCUU